AGAGCAACAGAGUUCAGCAGCUGGUGUCCACACAUCCACAGUAUCUGUGCAGCUUCCAUUAGUUAUGGAACUAUUUGAGACUAGUUCUUAUUUCUUUCCUGAUCAGAGGUUUUAUGACAGUGAGAAUUACUUCCCAACCAGGUUACAAACUUUUGAGCAGAAUGCCUAUCAGGACCGCAGUGGGAUAGGUCUGUGCUCAGAUGUUAGGGCACUGCCUGGUUUGGGAGUUGAGGAAAAGCUUUCACCUGUUUCAGGCAUUUCCCCACAAGAACACUGCCCAGGUCAGUGCUUACCAUGGGCAUGUAAAGUUUGUAAACGCAAAUCUGUAUCCUUAGACAGAAGGCGGGCUGCUACCCUGAGGGAAAAGAGGAGACUGAAGAAGGUGAAUGAAGCCUUUGAAGCACUUAAAAGAAGUACACUGAUGAACCCUAAUCAGAGGCUGCCAAAGGUGGAAAUUCUUCGCAGUGCCAUCCAGUACAUUGAGAGGUUACAAUCGCUACUCAAUAGCUUAAACCAGCAAGAGAGGGAACCAAGAGACCUGCCCUACCGGAGCACAAGCACGCAGCCAGUGAUAGUUUCCUCAGAGAAUGGCUCCAAGAGUGCUUCCUGCAGUCCAGAAUGGAGCAGUGCAGCCAACUUCAACAGCAAUCCUGCAGAGCACAUGAUGGAAGAAGAAUCCUCAGACCAAUCAGAUCUGCACUCACUGUCCACAAUUGUGGAAAGUAUCACAACGGAUGUGGUUUCUGUUACCUACUCAGAUGGGAGUCUCUCAAACUGACCAGAAUAUGAUGGCUGAAGCAAGUGUGCCAUGCUCCUGUGAUGUGGGCAAAGAACAGAAACAUUUUCCAUGGUAUAUGAAAUGUUUGUAGUUAAAUAUUCUAUCCCUAUGAAUCUAGUCUCCCCAGAGUCAUUGCUCAAGUGCCCAGCCCUAGUAUCUCAGGUGCCUAAACGUGGACAGCAUGCAGCCUUUUUCAAACUGAAUAAUCCUAACCCAUUACAUUUUUGUUUAACUACUUAAAGGUUACCACAAAUGAUGUGCUGAGAAUAUCAAAAAAAUGCACUUUUCAUCUUUUUUUCAGGUGAUGGUUUCUUUUUUUCUCAACUUUGGACCUUGGCAACUACUGUGGAAUGCACCUUUCUUAAAUGUAAUCCUGCUCUAACCUUAGAACGUACCAUGUUGAUGAAUUGUAACUUGUAACAAGUAUAGUUAGAACAAAGUUGGAUUGAAUGAGUAGAUACAGAGACAUUCCUCAUUUUCUAUGCUGCACUCCAUGUAAUUUUUUAAGCAUCUAGUGCAGCUCGUUGCAGUGUUAAUUUCUUAUAAUUCCGAUUCUACAGACUAUCCAGAGCAUGUCAUUUAUAAGGGUAUGAGAUGUACAACACACUAGAUGUCAGUUAAGUCAGCAUUACUAUGUUUUGAAUGCAUUCUUGAACAUCUGCAGGUAGAUUACCAUUCAUAAUCAGUUUAUUCACUACCUUAACCUUGAAAGAAAGGUAUGGGCUUAAAACAAUAAAAAUAACUUUUUGUAAAGCAAGCUUACUGAUGCGGCAAACUUGCUCCCAUAACACCAGCCAUUUAAACCACUAGUACAGUGUUUUUUUUAAGUUUCAAAACCAUAGAAAUUACAGUUAAUAUUCCAUGUGCCAUUUUCUUACAUUAGUAUCAGACUUGAUUUGCAAACCUUAGGAUAAAUACUGUGACUUUUAAGAGAAGAAAAUAAUGGGAAAAUGGUGGGCUGGAGACCAGAGUUUGAAUCUCAGUAGUACCUGUCCUAUGCAACUCUGUAAAAGUCAUGUGACCAUUCAACUACCCCACCCCCACCCCGUGCCAGCCAGGGCAACCUUUGAUUCAAAACAAAAGGAAUCAUAUAGUUUUAGUGUACCAGUGUUGAAAAGUUACCAUAUGCUGUGCCACUGCUUUAAGUCUGAGUGGAAAAUUAGGUCAAUGGGACCAUUUAGAAGGGAAAAAAGGACUAAGUUUCCCAAAAAACUUAAUUGUUGUAGAUUGGGCUGGUCGGAGAAGGAAUUCUGAUGCACUGUCACCUGUCUCCUGCUAGAACAGUAUAUUUAAAAGUAUAGCAGAUGUUUAAGUAGUAGAAGGCUAAUAUUUUCAUAACAGAAGAAAAGAUUCAAGAAGGUGUUGCAAGGGUUUCUCCUGCCUGACUCACCCUAGCCACUUUCUCAUUCUCUCCUGUUCACUGUCUCUCCAUUACCUUCUGCCCAGAUUUCUCUUCCCCCAUUCCCCUGUCUCUUUGGUAGGAAUUAUUACUCAUUCCUUGCAGAAUUAUGAACAUUUAGUUUCCAUUUUUACACUUUUGCAGUAGGGAAACCAUAUAUUAGUCAGACAAACAAAAGAUGAACACGAGUCCAGGAAGAUGAGUGGGACCAUGACAUUAUGCACUUGAGUAGGAGCAGAUAAUGGGUGAGCGUCUCUUUCAAGUAUCUCCAGAAGUUUUCCUCCCAACUACAAAACAAAAUACUAUUUCAUUCCGCAAAAGCAGGAAUUAAUGGGUCACUGCUACCAGUGCAACAUUAUUAGUUUCCUAUUUCUCCCCCCAAAAAAGGCAAAUAACUAGCCUGUACUUUGGCGGUUACACGGAAAGGGUCUUUGCUGGGAAACAGUAGAAUACAAAGAUGUGAUCAAUGUUGUACUACAUUUCUGCUAAGGGUACAUGUAUCAAAAUGUCAUUUCCUUUCCUUACACCAGAAUACAGAUAACAUAUCAGCUUGCUUGACUUCCUGCUUUCUUUUACCAGCCAUGAUUCUCUGUGGUGUCAUAUGACUCGGAUUUCUGAAACAUGUGAUUAUGACACCAGUAGAAGGAAAACAAGGACAAAUAAAUUAAGCCCUGUUUUUAUACAUAGUCAUGCAUAAAUAAGAAGUAAUUAUAUGGAUGACAUACUUAAAACUGAGCCCAAGUUCAUCUGAAACAUUCUGUUCUUUGUCUUCUGGGAGACUGCACAUAUUCCAUAAUGACUUAUAUAAGUGUACUGCCCCUUUGCACUAAGAAAGUUAAGCUAUUUAAAUAAUAAUUUAAAUGUGCAAAAUAAUGGACUAUGAAUAUUUGUGUGUUAUGCUUAAAGCUGUUACUAAUGUUGGGGCCAAUAUUUUUAUAAUGCUGUUUGACCAACUUGCUUUUAUAACUGGAGUUCUGAAUGCUGUUGAUGUAAAUAUAAAGUGACUUGUUUUUCUUUUUCUACAAAGUUAUAUUAAGGGUGAAUUUGUUUUUAUUUUUGUUUAAUUUAUUUGCCUUUUCUAAAAUAAAGAUUGUUUGACCACUGAA